CGUAAACAAAGAACAGAGUUACUGGCACAGGUUCUUCCAUUGGACGAUCGUUGUCCUCAAUGCGCCGGAGCUUACCCAGGUAGUAUCUCAUAAGCAGCAACGGGAAUACCCAGUUUAAAGCGCUUCUGAUGCUGUCUUUCAUUCAAAAUGCUUUUUCAAUAUCACGUGCUGGGUUCCCCUCACUCUUUAUCUCUGUCGACUAAACUCCAACCUCACUACAAGUACUGCCACUCCUUGGCCGACACAGUACCAGACAGAUAACCCCGUUAAUUAAUAUGCUUCAUAACUUGGUUAGCUUUUCCCGGAGGGACUUGAAGCCCUAUGUCGCCGAGUUCCUUGGAACAGCCCUCCUGAUUGUCAUUGGAGACGGAGUGGUCGCUCAAUGCCUCCUCUCUGAUUAUCGUUACGGCACCUGGCUAUCAAUCAACAUUGCCUGGGCGGCAGCUGUUUGUCUUUCCGGCUAUCUCUCCGAUCCCAGUCCUACCAUCAACCCCGCCGUCACCAUCUGCCUGGCCCUCGUUCGUCCUACCCCGGGACAGUGGCGGAAGGUACCAGGCAAGCUGUUCGCCCAGUUCCUAGGCGGCUUUGUCGGUGCCGCCAUCGUCUACAUCAAUUACUGGUCCGCCAUCAAGGACUGGGACCCCGAGUACACCAUCCCCGGUGGUUCGAUUCUGAGUCCCCAGGGGCACCAUUCAGCAGGCAUCUUCGCGACUUAUCCUGCCGACUUCUUUUUUACGAACUGGCAGGGCGCAUUUUCCGAAUGGCUUGGGUCCACGGUGCUCAUGUUUGGGGCUCUCAGUAUCGCAGACCCGGCGAAUGCACUUCGCUUCCACUCUUCUCAGCUUUCCAUGUUUCUGCUGCUUCUUGCCAUUGGUGCCUCUUUGGGCUGGCAGACUGGAUAUGCCAUUAACCCCGCGAGAGACUUUGGUCCGAGAUUAUUCUCUGCGAUCGUCUAUGGUAGAGAGGUGUUCACCUCGGACGAUUACUAUUUCGUCGUCCCUAUAAUCGCUCCAGUUAUCGGCUGCAUCACGGGAGCUACGGUUUACGACUCCUUCCUCUAUGAGGGAGACGGGUCUCGCGUCACAGAUGCAGUGAACAAAUUGGAGGAUCGAGAUGGAGCUCUUCGACUGGAUUGAGUAGAUGAAUGAUGGAUGGCUUGUUUCAAAAUGUCCCAGGAUUUUCCACACAAUUUUAUAUGCGGGAAAUACACCAAGCGAUAUCUAUCAGAUUGGUCAACAGAAGUGUUACUUGGAUUAUUGCGAUAUGUGACUAAAUGCGAAAUUAUGCCGGAACAAGGAUGGCCUGGAAUUCUCGCUACCCUGAUCUGCUUCGAUUCCAGAGAUACUCCACCAUAUGCAUAUGAUUGUACAGAGUAGAAAUCUUAUUUGUUAUUGUUUGCAUUGUAGCCACCGCCGAUCGUGAUGAAUGAUCUGCAGCAGCCAAUGGCGCGACCUCUAGAAAAGAACCCCACG